GCCUACGCGCGCGCCGUGUUCAGAAGAAGCAAAAGGGUGUGGUGAAUGUCGCUUUGUAGCCCAUCUCUUCACCGCUUCCAGAAACUCUGCUGCGUAAGAAGUUGUGCCUUGUUCAUCGCCCCAGAGAGACUGAGUCUUCAAGGAUGCGGGACGUUUUGCAAGCGGCCGUGCUGCUGUCGCUGGUUCCAUGGUGUUUGGCGCCAUUUCCGCGGGAGCGGAGGCCCCCUUUCUACGAUUCUGACCCGCUGCAGGACUACUUCCUUCCGGGCGGCAAGGUCAGCUUUCCUAACGUACUCGGAGGCGCCAAUCUACUGCGGCUGAACAACACGCGAGAACUUAUUGGUUCAUGGACGGUGGUGUCACGGUAUUUAGUUCACGUUCUCGCAAAGGAUCCCGUCAGGGCAGAGUUCUUUUCAGAUUUUCUGCAGCAGCGGAAAGUUGCUACCUUCGGCAACCUGCUCGACCAAGUGCGCAUCCACCAGCCCUACAUCUACCAGUUGUUCCAGGUAAUAGUGGUGUUUGCGAACAUAGGCCUCGUCUGUGGCACGUCCAUCAUCGUGCUUCGCUGUAUGGGUACGUGCGGUGCCUCCAGAUGUCAAGACGUCACCAUCAACUACCGUCUUCUUUUCCACGCCUACACGGCCUCGUCCUGGAUUGUGUGCGGUAGCGUCGUCUUCGUGGCCGGUUUCGCCCUCACCUGCGACUACAGCUUAGACAGCGGAAUGAAGGAGUUGGACAAGUACGUGCACGAGUACAAGGACAGGAUACGCAGUUUUCUCGACGAAAAAAUGGUCCAGGCUGCAAAGACAACCUUCGAUCGGAUGUCCAUGCAGCUCGAGAGAUUCCGCCGCCUGUUUUCCAAGGUAUUCGGAGGCCUGGCAUCACGUGCCAUAGCGUUUAAAGUGCGUGAGGAGCUGGACGCCCCAAGUAUAUUCGGCGAGAAUGUGUACAAUAACACUUUUGAAUUUCUGAUCAGCGGCAUCAAUGACAACUUCACUAAUCUUAGAAGAAAGAUGGCUACCAUAGAGUUGAAGACCAAAGAAACAAGUUCGAGUAUUAUGGAGGCUGUCAUGUUCUCGACCCUGUUCCAGAGACACGCUAUAGUUAUCACUGUUGCCGACCUCAUGCAGCAAUUGCGAGGCCAGCUAUUCGCCUUUAGCUACGAAGUUCGCCACGUGGAAGAAGGCGUGAAGUCGAUGACAACGAUACUUCUUUCGAACAAAACGAGCCAAGAAAAGAACCUCUUAGACCUUGCCGGCGUGAAGAAUAUUGUCACGUAUUCCAUCGUUGCCGUGAUGAUAUUCGUGGUUAUAACAAUGGGAGGAAUGAUGACUGGCUUCACGCUGGGUUUCGCCAACCACUACGGCCAUGCAUCGCCCUUGGAGCGGAACAAGCUGUCUAACGUAGCGGGAUAUAUUCUCGUCCUUACGAGCCACAUCAUGGUGUUCGGCAGCUCGCUGAUGCUCUUAUCAUCAGGCCUUUUUAUGCUGAUGGGUUGCAUAGGCGACAUCUACCUUUGUCGCUCACAGCGAUCAUACUACCACGGCGUCGCGGAGCCACUAAAGGAUCUGACUAUAUCUCUGCUAAUGAAUGCCACGGAAAGUCGCCACUUCGUGAUGAAACUUCUGAAAUACAGCCUAGUUGAAAAGCACUGCAGAGAGAAUGUUGGAAUUGGCGCACUGGCAGGGAUAAAGCCGAGGGACCUCGAAGCCGCUCUCGAUAAAAUCGUGGAAUUCCAAACGGACCUUGUUCAUCACUACAAAAUAGAUAUACGAGGUCUUGUCCAACAACUUACAAAUCGCUGGAAUAUAGUUAAGGAAUUCUGGGACUUAUUCAACAAAACGGACCUGCUGUACUCGAACAACGGAGAGGCUUACACGAACAUGACCGCUAUGUUCAAGAAUGACGAGAAGCUUUAUGAGUAUAUUACGGGAAACAGAAGUCAUUUCGAAAACCUUGUAAAGCAGACCUUCCUCGACUUCACAAUUGAAAAUUGCGACGACCUCAAAAAUAAUAUCUCGUUUUAUAUCGACGAGUUUGGCAACAUUGGAGUCUGCAGCACUAUUGUGGACAUAUUUUCGGACGGAUUUAACAUUAUCUGCAACAGAAUGAUUGACUUUGUCAACGGUUACUGGCUCUCGCUUAUUAUCCUCGUUGGCAUCUACGUGUACGGAAUUUAUAUAUCACUGACCGCUUCCAAGUAUCUCUACACCAUGGAGAGCUACACUUACGAAGGAGAACCUGUACGACCCGACACAAAAUUUGAAGACCUCCAAAUCCACAAGAGGCAAAGAGCACGCAAGAAGGGCAUCGUGGCGCCAAUAAUCCUCAACGAAGACGAGCGCCUGAGAAGCGAGGAUGCAGAGCGGUUGCGGCAGAUACGUCUACGAAAGGCAAUGAUGGCGCCUGACACUCAACUGAAGUAUCUUGUGCCAUUAUCGCCGACGGUGAAGACGACAGCCACCGCCAAAACGACUUAAGACUCAUUUUUGAAGUUUUAUAUUGUCAUGUGACUUCCAAGCGGCGUGUUCAUUGUCUUGGGAACUAAUGCAGCGGUGUACAGAAAAUGUUACUACUGUAAUGUGUCAAACUAUAUGUCAAUAUUAUUAAAAGAGACUACCUCCA